AAUUAAAAAAAGAAUUAAAAACGUAUUUUUUUUUAUCUACACGCAAGUCUGUGAAAGUCUGUGUAUAUGAGGCGCCACAAGCAAUUAUAAGAAAACGUUUGGAACAACCGCUAAAGGCAAUAGUUUCCCGACCCGUUAGCUUGCUGGCUACUUGCGAAUUACUUUUUCUGGUCAGAUUGAUCCGGUUGCAGUUCUCACUCAAAAAUGGCAGUCAGAGCAUCCUUUGAGAAGAACAAUGAAAUUGGUUGCUUUGCCAAACUCACCAACACAUACUGCUUAGUGGCAAUCGGAGGCUCAGAAAACUUCUACAGUGUCUUUGAAGGCGAGCUUUCAGAAACAAUCCCAGUGGUGCAUGCGUCUAUAGCAGGAUGCCGGAUCAUAGGAAGGAUGUGUGUGGGAAACCGGCAUGGACUCCUCGUGCCCAACAACACGACAGAUCAGGAGCUGCAGCACAUGAGGAACAGCUUGCCAGAAGCUGUGCGCAUUCAGAGAGUGGAGGAGCGACUGUCUGCUCUUGGAAAUGUUGUCGCUUGUAAUGACUAUGUGGCUCUGGUUCACCCAGACCUUGACAGGGAGACAGAAGAGAUAUUGGCUGACACUCUUAAAGUGGAGGUGUUCAGGCAGACAGUGGCUGAGCAGGUGCUUGUGGGUAGUUACUGUGCCUUCAGUAACCAGGGAGGCCUUGUACACCCAAAAACCUCUAUUGAAGAUCAAGAUGAGCUCUCAUCACUUCUGCAAGUGCCUCUAGUUGCUGGAACUGUAAACCGUGGCAGUGAGGUGAUUGCUGCUGGGAUGGUGGUGAACGACUGGUGUGCCUUCUGUGGUUUGGAUACAACGAGCACUGAGCUGUCCGUCAUUGAGAGUGUGUUUAGGCUGAGUGAGACUCAACCAAGCACCAUAGCCACCAAUAUGAGGGACUCGCUCAUUGACAGUCUCACAUAGAUUCGGAAUGGGUUUAAAACACUUUGGAAAUGGUUUGAAUACAGACCAGAAUGUGGACUUCACCAUCAAGAUCAACAUUUACGUCUCUUCUUGGUCACAUCUCGAGAGAUAUUAACAGCUUUUGUACUGUAUAAACUGAUGUAAAUCUAAGCUUAAGUACAAAAUGCAAGCUUACUAUAUUGCUUGAAAUGUUUUGUCACUUUCAUUGUCAGUACAUAACAUGGUCUCAUAAAAAAAAAAAAAAAAAAAAAAGUCAACAAACCCUCAGAUGUUUGCAGAAUUGUUGCUUAACAUUGUAAUUUCCUCAUUACAAACCAAUAAAGUUUAUUAAAAGAA